UGUUACACAGCGAAUUAUCAAGGCCGGCAUGCUAUUUGCUGGCAGACCGACCUCCACAAGAGGCAGCUGUAACAGAGAGAGAGGGAGAGCUUCCCGCUCCACAGUUUGCAUCGCUCAAGUCACGAAUUUGCAUCGGUGAAAGUUACUAGGAAGACCUGGUUCAACAAAGGGAGACCUGGUUCGUCAAAGGAGACCCGGUUCAACAAAGAGUGAAUUGGUUCGUCAAAGGAGACCCGGUUCAACAAAGGGAGACCUGGUUCAAAAAGGGAGACCUGGUUCAACAAAGGGAGACCUGGUUCAACAAAGGGAGACCUGGUUCAACAAAGGGAGACCUGGUUCAACAAAGGGAGACCUGGUUCAACAAAGGGUGACCUGGCUCAACAAAGGGAGACCUGGCUAAACAAAGGGAGACCUGGUUCAAGAAGGGAGACCUGGUUCAACAAAGGGUGACCUGGUUCAACAAAGGGAGACCUGGCUAAACAAAGGGAGACCUGGUUCAAGAAGGGAGACCUGGUUCAACAAAGGGUGACCGGGUUCAACAAAGGGAGACCUGGCUAAACAAAGGGUGACCUGGUUCAACAAAGGGAGACCUGGUUCAACAAAGGGUGACGUGGCUAAACAAAGGGAGACCCGGUUCAACAAAGGGUGACCUGGUUCAACAAAGGGAGGCCUCGUUCAACGGCGGACAACAGCAGCACAUUGCAUCAGAGAAUCAACCGCAGGCCGACGCGCAAACUGUCCUUCACAAAUGUAAAAUUAAAGACACGAGCCACAGAAGUGCUGCGACUGUGGCCAUGCAACCCAGAUUGUGGCCCACAUGGUAAACCUACUGUGGCCUGCACUCCUUCAAUGGAGAAGGAAUAGCAAAGCUACCCGAACUCUCCCGUAGAAGCCCUCUCGUCGUGGCUGGCAGACCUCAAACUUUGGCAUCUAGGUCAUGAACACCAGGAGUAGAAUUCACAGCAAGCGACCCGAUCGCUCGGAGCCAAGACAUCUGCAACAGGGAUCAUCGGCAGUAGAUGAAGAUUGUCCACAGAAAGCAAACAAGUCGGAGUAAAUGAAGACACAACUCGCGUCCUGCUCGUGAUAGCAAACGUAGCACAUUGACAGACACCGGCUGCAAACGGGUAGAUCAAGUGCGGUGUAAAUGAGAUUAAAACAGCUGCACUCAAACGUUCCAUGUCUCACGAGAGACCGAUCGAGGGGGAGAGUAGAUUCUCGUUUACAUUUUUCAGUAAAAAAAUCGGAAUCAAAAUAUGUAUUUGUACUGGAGGAAUCCAAUGCGCUUUAAAAGCUUUUUUUUGGAUAGAUGCCCAGUAGGCAUUCUUAAACAGGCUUGAGCAACAGUCCAACGCCUCAACAGCAAAUACUUAUCACGGCCUUCAAAAAAGGGGUUGACACGUUGAAUCCCCUUUGUAAGAAACAUUUAAAGUAAAAAAUAACAAACCGAUUCGAAUUCAAGCGGCCACGAAUCAUGACUGCAGCCGCCGCGGUGCUCAGAUGCGCGGAGGUGGUGACGCUGAGCGCCACGUUCCUGUACCAGCCGCUCUCGGAGGAGCCGGACAAUUCCCAGGCGUGGAGCCAAGCGGUGAGGCUCCUCAACAUCCUGGCCAACGGCCUCACCCUGGCCCUGGCACCGGUCAGCCACGGGUGGCGGUGCGCGCCCGCCGCCGCCGCCGCCACCGCCGCCGUCGACGCGCAGGACCGGCGCCACGGCGGACCUUCGGCCGGAAACCGGAGCGCGGCCGAGACGCUGCGCGUGUGCACCUCCAUCUACCUCCUCUUCUCCGCCGCCUUCUGGUGGCACCGCGUCCUCGUGACGGGCAGCGCCGACCUCGCAGACCUGCACCGCCCUUGCCUUCCGGGCGCCCCGCACGGGCCCGGCUGCGCGCCCGUCCCGUGGCUCCCGUCCCCGCGGGAGAGCUCGGCGGUGUCGCUGCUCGCGGCCGCGCUGUUCGGGAUCGACUUCGUCCUCUCCCGGAGGCUCCACCGGCGGCAUCCCGUGACCUCGAGCGGAGGCGUCCUCCUGCUGGGGCAGGCGGCGGCCUGCGCCUCCGUCGUCGUCACGCUGCGCGAGUCUCCGGGCUGCGCGAAUCUGCUGACGUCCCGGACUUGUCUGGCCACGGGCUGGCUCGUCCUCGCCGCCUCUUCCCUCGCGCUGCUGCGACGCCAAGAGACAGACGAAAGGGAGGUGGCGGUGGAUGGGACGAACGACGCGGGGGAGGUUGCGGUUGGACUGUUGGCACUGUGUGGCCACUCCGUGGCUGGCGUCUUGCUGCUGGAGUUCGGGUACGAGCCAGCAAGGCCGUGUCCGCCCUCUCUUCUCUGCCUGCAUGGACUCGCCGGAGCCAUCUCACUCGUGCAGCUCGUUCGCCCAGAGGCGCGGUGGCGUUCGGUGAAGUUUCCGGGUUUUUUGAUGUCCUAACGAUGCCCGUUUAAGACCCAGGGCGCUUCUGCCCAAUCCUAACAAGAGCUGUUCUCUGUGCCUUGACCUGUCGUUCCGAGUCUGAAGCGGUGAUGCUCACCCCUCCAUCGUGUAGGCGCUACCUCGUGGCUUUGAACACGCGCACACAGAAUACAGCGCGAGACCGCACGUUCUUAGCCACCAGCCUUUGUUUGCGCUGCAUGGAAGUGACAUUAAAGAGGCGUUCCUAAGUGC